AUGUCUCUGCCCUUCCGAAAGGAGCUGGAGAAGUACAAGAACAUCAACGAAGAUGAAAUACUCAGCAAGCUCUCAGAGGAUGAACUGAAGCAGCUAGAGCAUGUUCUCGACGACCUUGAUCCUGAGAAUGCCCUGCUUCCUGCGGGAUUUCGCCAAAAGGACCAGACCACUAAACCAGCCACGGGCCCCUUUGACAGAGAGCGCCUGCUCUCCUACCUGGAGAAGCAAGCCCUGGAGCACAAGGACAGAGAGGACGUCGUGCCCUUCACAGGGGAAAAGAAAGGAAAAAUAUUUAUCCCUAAAGAAAAGCCUGUAGAAACCCGCACAGAAGAGAAAGUGACCCUGGAUCCAGAACUAGAAGAGGCCCUGGCCAGUGCUUCAGACACUGAGCUCUAUGACCUUGCAGCUGUUCUUGGAGUGCACAACAUGGUCAACAACCCAAAAUUUGAUGAAGCAGGAGCCCGUGGAAAAGAUGGAAAAGGAAUUGUGAGAAAUGUGGUGAAAGGUGAAAAGGUCAAGCCCAUCUUUGAGGAGCCACCUAAUCCGACCAAUGUGGAAGCAAGUUUACAAAGGAUAAAAGCAAAUGAUCCUAGUCUCACAGAAAUUAAUCUCAACAACAUCAAGAAUAUUCCCAUCCCAACUCUGAAAGAAUUUGCAAAAGCUCUGGAAACCAACACACAUGUGAAGACAUUCAGCCUUGCAGCUACUCGAAGCAAUGACCCUGUAGCUAUUGCAUUUGCAGAUAUGUUGAAAGUGAACAAAACACUGAAGAGUCUGAAUGUAGAAUCCAACUUCAUCACUGGGACAGGAAUUUUGGCACUGAUUGAGGCACUGAGAAAGAAUGAAUCCCUAACAGAGAUUAAAAUUGACAACCAGAGGCAGCAGCUUGGGACAGCUGUAGAGAUGGAGAUUGCCAAGAUGCUGGAGGAGAACUCCAGGAUUCUCAAGUUUGGAUACCAGUUCACAAAACAAGGUCCAAGAACCAGGGUAGCAGCAGCUAUCACUAAAAACAAUGAUCUGGUUCGGAAGAAGCGGGUGGAAGGGGAGCGGCAGUAG